AGCCUUAAGUCUUGUUGUAGCCUAGCACCCAUAAAAAAACAUGGCAAAGUGGGAGAGAGCGCAAUUAAACACUGACACAAUUAUUGAGAAGCGUGACGGAAAGUUUCAUAAUUCAUUGGUGCGGCACGUCCUACAAAAUUGUUUGAACGACAGUUUGGAUCUACCACGUUUUGGCAAAGUGUACAAUCAACCGUCAGUUUUAAACUAUGGAAAAUUAUAUGGAUGAUGUUAAAUACUGGGCAAUGAUCGGGAAUGGGAUACAUUAGUUAUGAUAAAUUUUACGAUCCUCAUUCUUCCAAGAUAACUGCCUUCACUCCCGGUGGUAUAUAUAUAUGAGCAGUCUAGUGGAGAUUGAAUGUAGAAUAAGUUACGACCAUUCCUAACCUCGUAAACCCAAAAGUGACAUAUACCCUAUUGUUAAUACGCCCACGCCCUCCGAAGACGUCUAUUUAUUUUCCGAUUUCCGCUUACACGAAUGAUUUCUUGCCAGAUAACGUUGAGACCUGCGCCAUAAUUUGUGGCUAAACUUAUUUUCACUUGACGCAGAACAGGGACAAAUUUUGAUCUACAAGACCAGGGAGUAAUAGUUAAUGCUUUAGAAUGUCAGAUGACAAAGAGGUAACCGAUGUUAAGGACAUCGGAACCGUUGGUCACAUUGGUCCCAUAUCUCCUGAUUCUGAGUACGAUGAUUACCUGGGAAUCCCUGAUUCAUUCAAAGUAUCAUUGGACGAGCAUCAGAAUGCUGCUGUGCUGCAAAUGCAGGAAGGAGAAGCGGAGCCUGACAACAGAGGUCCCGUAGGCUUCAAGAAGUUCUCGACAAUUUACACCACAGCAGUGAAAUUCAAUAGUCAGGAUCGCAAUAUAUUCAUCCCUGGGGUUAAAAUAGACGUGAAAAUCAUUGACAAUGAACGCAGUGUCACAACACAUCCAUUGAACCCAAAUUUAUACACAAUUCAGUUUACGCAUGGGAUAUUUACAUGGACGAUAAAGAAACGAUACAAACAUAUACAGACCCUGCACAAUCAGCUGAAAAUUUACAGAGCUAGUUUGAAUAUCCCUUUUCCAACUAAAAGUCAUAGGGAAAGGAGGAACAGUUUUAAAAAUUAUGAAUUAGUCGGACAAAAAGGCCGAAUGAAAGGGGCUUUGCCCAGAUUUCCUAAUAAACCGGAUGGCCUCGUACCCUACGAACAACUGAGUCACAGAAUGCAAGUACUUCAGGAAUACUUUGACAACCUACUUCAAAUUGAAAUCUACAAACGUCACCCAGAUACUAUUGCCUUUCUGGAAGUAUCGCACCUUACCUUCAUUGCAGACUUGGGCCUAAACGGAAAAGAAGGAUUGGUCAUGAAACGAACUGGAUCAGGUUCUAAAACUGGCUGUAAUAUGUGCGGUUUGUUAGAAGGAAUGUGCUGCGUUCGGUGUAGCUACUUUUGCACAUCUAUAUGCGGGACGUGGCAUUCGAGACAUCUUAUUGCAAAAGACACGUUCAUCGCGUAUAUCAGGCCUGCUGAUGGAAGAAUAAAGUCCGUUAUUUUGAUGGAUCAAGGAUUCGAAGUUAGUUCGGGAAUGUAUUCCACAGGCUUGAGAAAUGGCUUGCAGAUAAUGAAUUUGAGCAGACAGAUAGUUAUCAAAUGUUGGACGAGAAGGAAAGCUAAGGAAUGGAUGGAAUUCAUCCAAGAGUUAGCCAACAACGAAGGGAAACCCUUUGUACAGAAUAAUCCCCACAAAUCGUUUGCUCCGUAUCGACCAGCGACGCUGGCAUCUUGGUAUGUCGAUGGAGCCGGAUAUAUGUCUGCUAUAGCCGAUGCAUUGGAGGGAGCUAAAGAAGAAAUAUUUAUCGCGGAUUGGUGGUUGUCCCCAGAAAUAUUUAUGAAAAGACCAGCAAUCGAUGGAGAUCACUGGAGACUGGAUAAAAUUUUGCAACGAAAGGCUAUGGAAGGUGUAAAGGUGUUCGUCCUGAUUUACAAGGAGGUUGAGUUGGCACUGGGUAUAAAUAGUUUCUACAGUAAACAGAAGCUUGUUGAAAAAUGUCCGGAGAACAUAAAAGUCUUGAGACAUCCUGAUCAUGCGAGAGUUGGAGUCUUUCUAUGGGCGCAUCAUGAGAAAAUUGUGGUUGUAGAUCAAGCGCUUGCAUUCUUAGGUGGAAUUGACUUAUGUUACGGACGAUGGGACAAUUCCGAACACAGGCUUACAGAUUUAGGUUCUGUUCAUCAGUCUAGCAUCUAUAUUCCGACAAAAGGAAAAUUGACGAGUACCAGUAGUAGACCGACAAAAAACUUGCAGGGUCACAAACACAUUUUGUUACCCUUGGCAGUAGCAGCAAACACCGUAGCUAUGGCUACAACAAAAUCGAUGCCAGUUUUGCCAACAAUGAGUAGCGAAUCUCAGUUGCCGCAAUUAAAACCCGGAGAUCCGUUACUAUUAUCCCCUCCUGAUGUGGUAGAUUAUGUGAAAUGCAACACUCCAGAGUCACAGAGAAGAAAUAUUUUCGAUAUGGCAAAAAUGACUGUUGACAAAGUGAGGUAUAAUGUUAGGAUGAAGAGGAAGGAGUGGAUAAACAUGGUGUAUAAUCCAAAUGAAGGGAGUAGUGAUGAAGAAGACCAAGUCGACGACGCAACUUUGGAAACGCCAUAUGGAGAUGGAGAGGGCAUGACAUGUGAUACUGCUGACGUUGCCUUUGGCAUGUCAGGAGGGGCUAAACUUUGGCUUGGCAAAGAUUAUACAAAUUUUAUAGUAAAAGAUUUUAAUAAUCUUGACAUGCCUUAUCAAGAUCUAGUGGAUAGAUGCACAACCCCGCGAAUGCCUUGGCACGACAUUGGCGUAAUGGUCCAGGGUGCAAGUGCUAGGGAUGUCGCUAGACAUUUUAUACAGAGAUGGAAUGCUGUUAAGCUAGAGAAAGCAAAAUUGAACGCGAGUUAUCCGUUCCUCUUACCAAAAUCCUACAACGAUUGCAGAAGCUAUAUUCCAUUCACACAGUCCAGUGCUACGUUUAAAGUCAGAUGCCAAGUAUUGAGAUCUGUCAGCUCAUGGUCCGCGGGUUUUCUCGAACCAGACACAGUGGAGCAAAGCAUACACGAGGCUUACAUCCAAGCAAUAAGUAAUUCCAAAAGGUACAUUUAUAUAGAGAAUCAGUUCUUUAUAUCACUUGCUUCAGUGGAAGGUGACAUUGUGAAAAAUCGUAUUGGCGAAACGCUGCUGAAGCGAAUAAUACGAGCCUACAGAGAAGGCUCUGUGUUCAGAGUAUUUGUCGUAAUGCCUUUGUUGCCUGGUUUUGAGGGGGAAGUAGGAGGUACGACGGGAACAGCUUUACGUGCUAUAACACAUUGGAAUUAUGCUUCCAUAUCAAGAGGAAAAGAUGCCAUUCUGGUUCGGUUGAUGGAAGCUGGUAUACCAAAUCCCAGCGAGUACAUAACAUUUCAUGGCUUGAGAAAUCAUUCGAAACUAAAUGGCUCGUUGGUGACAGAACUUAUCUAUGUUCAUAGCAAAUUAAUGAUUGUUGAUGAUUGUACAGUGAUUUGCGGCUCUGCAAACAUUAAUGACAGAAGCAUGAUAGCUACCAGGGAUAGCGAAAUUGCAGUUAUAAUUCAUGAUGAAGAAUUUGAUGAUGGUCGAAUGAAUGGCAUGUCAUUUGCAUGUGGUAAAUAUGGAGGUUCCUUGCGCAAACAGCUCUUCAAAGAACAUCUAGGUAUACAAGAUUCGGAAGAGGAAAUCAGUUUAGAGGACCCAGUGAAGAAAUCUUUUUAUCAUGAUAUUUGGUGCGCCAGAAGUCAUCUAAAUACCCAGAUGUUUGAAAGAGUUUUUAAUUGCAUCCCAUCCGAUACUGUUGUCAACUUUUCCAUGCUGAAAUUAUAUCAAGAUGAUACUCCGCUUUGCUUGUCUGACCCUAUUCAAUCCGAGCAAUUGGUGGCCAACAUUAAGGGGCACCUUGUGGAUCUACCCCUGAACUUCUUGUGCAACGAAGUACUCACCCCUAAUGUUGGCACGGUUGAAGGGAUUAUGCCAACGUCAUUAUGGGUAUAAGAGGGGUUGGGUUUCUUUUACUUUCAAAUGAUGAAAAUGUAGAAAAAUAUAUCUAUGUAUAACAAUGAUAGGUUGAUCGUUAAUAUUUAGUUGUACAUAAGUGCAAUUUCAAGCAGCAACCGUAAAAGUAUUAAAGACAUUUUAUAAGUUGUUUUACGAUAUCUUUGGUUGUCUUGAAAAAUUCUCACAGCUAUCAUUUAAAGCGUUACUCAAAACUUAACCUCCAUUCACACUGCUUCCUAAUAAUCACGUAGUAUCUGUAUGGGGUGUAUCGCAAUCCACCCAUACAAAACAAGACAUUUUGGCCUGAAAAGAUUCUUGGGUUUUAAAUAUUUUAUGGGGUGCAGAUCACCCCAAAAUGUGAAUGAAGGUUAAAGUUGUUUUUCUGAUUAUGGACUGCAUUAAUCAGUGGUAUUACCUAGCUGUAAAUAUAGACAUGAAGUUUUUGACGAACGUUCGGUAUUAUUUUCCAGUUAUAAUCGAAACAUUUUGGGAAUUCUUUUUUUAACUGUGUUUUCUGAAAAUAAUGUACGAUAUGUAAAAAUUAGUGAAACUAAAUCCAGUGGCGAUAAUCAGCAGUCAAGUGUGUUAAACUAUUCCUGAAAAUUGGACAGUGCUGUACAGUUUUUCAUUUAUUAUUUUAUAAAACGAGUAACUGAUUUACCUCUUCAAGGGGAGACUUUGGUGAAAUUUUGCUCAAAAACGGUUUUUCAAUUCUUAACCCUAGUCACGUACAUCUAUGGAAAUUUCUACAUUACUUACACGGGGUCACUCAGACCCCAGCCAACUUUGGAACGUUAUUACUCUACACACCAUUAUGCGCAAUUACGACUCGAACAAAAUUCUGAGACAAAAUUUAACAAUUCAAAAAAUAGAUUCCGAUGUUAGUUUUCGCAAAAAAACUAUGGAAGAUGUGGGAAAGAUUUUUCAUGUAUAAAAAAGAGAACUAACGCAAUGAGAUCUCUGAGACCCCAAUAUUUUUUUAAUCAUUGUUUAUUUUACUGGCACAACCAGUCCUGAUUCAAGCGCACUGGCUUUAAACUUAUAUGUUAAAGUCAGUGUUGAGGUCAACAGGAUUGCAUGUAAAUGACUAGGGUCGUAUAAGAAAAUCCUUUCACCAAUUUUUAGAUUAUGAUAUAGGCUUUGAAAAAAAAUUUUAACCUGCGAUGAAAAUGUAUGUGCAAAAAACCUUUCAAAGAUUUUGCCUACCACUGCCAAAAAUUCCUUGCGCAUACUCUUUCAAUGCAGGAGGCUGAUAUUUUAUUUCAAAACCUAUACUACCAUAAUCUAUAUAUAUCCAUGAUAAUAAAAAUUAGUGAAAGGAAUUUCUUGUACGAUAAUUUUCAACCGAUAAUCAGAAGUUCACCAAAGUCAACCCUCAAAAAAAAACUUAGCUUGUUUGGCUGCUAACUUUAGCUCUAUUAGAAAAUGUUAAUUUUUAUUGAUAUAUUCCGUUAUAAAUAAUUAUUCCACAUUAUUAUAACUAAAUAAUAUAAUUACGGAUCACGAGAAUACAUAUGACAUAUAUAUGGGGCAUUCUACACCAAAUCAGACGGUUUGAAAAAUUUUGAUAUUUGAUUUCCUCAAUUUUUUGAUAUAUUUUAGUACGCCUAAUAAGAGCUUUUCUGGUAAAUUUUGAGAUUUUUUUGAUUACUUGUUAAAAAAAUACCAAAUUUUCCGAAAAAUCGCUCUUUUUUGGUUUUCUGUUGAUAACUUUCUUAAUAAUAAUGGUCCAAAUUAAAGUUUAAUUUUUUUAAAUCUUUGUUUUUAAAUGGCCUUUACAGAACAAAAUAAUAUUUAAAGUGUUUGUGAUUAAGAUUUUUGAGUUUGAAAUUUUAAAUCGUGUUUUUGAAAGUGAGUGUCCCUUUUGAUUUGAAAUUUUCGAUUGAAAUUUUUUUUAUUUCAAACCACUGUUCUUUUAACAACUUUUAAGACCGGUCCGGUCGUGGGCCCUACAUACUCGCUAUUUUUUUCGACUUUUGUAAAAUUAAAAAAAAAAAAAUUUCGUUAUAAAUUAUUUUAAGUACCGAUUUUUUCCACUGAAUACUCUUUUUUUUACUUAUUUUAAAUUAAUUUUAAUACUUGUCAAUUCUUAAUGGGGUUGGUCACGGUAGUGUGACCAAACUGUGUUCUUCGUCUGCGCAAUAGUUGCGCUGUCGUACUAGGGUAUUGUGGAUAUAGAUAUACAGUUGCAGAUAACCUCAUAGAGCCUCAUGCUCGUGGUGUAUGUACAUUCACAUAAUAAAACAAUUUAAAAAAAAAUACAAAUAUACAAACGAAACAUUACACCAGAAAAAUUAACAGUACUAUUUAAAAAGAACGGUAAUGGAAUUUUAGCUGAGUCGACCAAGAGACAAGCACUCUUCCACUGCACUACUAGUCGAUACUAUAUAAAUUUAUGUAUUAUUGUCUGAAAUGUGUGUCCCAGGUAAGGAUUCACAGUUUGUCUGAUAAUUAAUGAGUUCAACUUCUUUUGACGAUAAAAAAUAACUGUUCUUGCCACAAAUUGAGCUAUUUCACUAGAGUUUAUAAUAUUUAUGUAAGAGUUUAUAACUGCGUGGAGAUGAUAAACCUCGACGAUUGUUUCAUAAUUAUAUGGAAGUGCACAACGUGAGGUUAAGUUCUUGAAUGCAAACAAGUACCCGUUAACAAUUAAUUUGUAUAAUGAAUAAAGGAAAUAAGUUAUUGUUUGAUAA